CUCCACUCUCCCUCCCUCCCCCCGUGCGGGGUUGCUUCAUUUGCGGCCAUUUUGUUCGCUCACUUUGUUGAUUGGGCUUUAGCAAGCUGUACUGGAGCCAAUCAGAGGGAAACCGGACAGCGGCGAGCACACGAACGGCUUGUUGGUUAAGCGGCUAUGGAGCAGUACACGGCUGCCACCACGGCGACUGGAGAGCAGAUUGUAGUGCAGACUGCCAAUGGACAGAUCCAACAGCAGGUGCAGGGGCAGCCUCUGAUGGUCCAGGUGAGCGGCGGGCAGCUCAUCACGUCAUCCGGACAGCCCAUCAUGGUGCAGGCCAUGUCAGGGGGCCAGGGUCAGACCAUUAUGCAGGUUCCUGUGUCUGGGGCUCAGGGAUUGCAACAGAUUCAAUUGGUGCAGCCUGGCCAGAUCCAGCUGCAAGGUGGUCAAACUCUGCAGCUCCAGGGUCAGCAGGGCCAGCCUCAGCAGAUCAUCAUCCAGCAACCCCAGACGGCCAUCACCGCUGGACAGAACCAGGUGUUAAAUAUUGGCCAACAAAGUGGUCAGCAGAUCAGUGUGCAAGGUCAACAAGUGGCUCAGACAGCUGAUGGACAGACUAUUGUCUACCAGCCAGUCAAUGCAGAUGGAACUGUGCUACAGCAGGGAAUGAUCACAAUUCCCGCCGCCAGCUUGGCGGGUGCCCAGAUAGUACAGGCAGGAGGUGCCAACACCAACACCACCAAUAGCCAAGGCACUGUGACCGUCACCCUGCCCGUCUCUGGCAACAUGGUCAAUGCAGGUGGAAUGGUCAUGGUAAGACCCAAUGUUGAGAUGGUGCCCGGAGGUGGCACAGUGCCCACAAUGCAACGGAUUCCUCUGCCAGGCGCCGAGAUGCUGGAGGAGGAGCCCCUCUAUGUGAACGCCAAGCAGUACCACCGCAUCCUAAAGCGAAGGCAGGCCCGCGCCAAGCUGGAGGCUGAGGGCAAGAUCCCCAAAGAGAGGAGGAAAUACCUGCACGAGUCUCGCCACCGUCACGCUAUGCAGCGUAAACGAGGCGACGGAGGGCGGUUCUUCUCACCCAAGGAAAAGGAAGAAAUGGCCCUGGCAUUGGCACAGCAACAGCAGGAAGUGGCACAGGCGGCAGCCGACGAGACGGUGGCUCAGAUGAUCAGAGUGUCGUAGCAUGACUCAGGUUGACCCUUCAUCCUGUUUACCAGCUCGUCUUAUUUGUCACUCUGAGCUACCGGCUAACAGGCCAGCAGCAGUAGCUGCCCUCUUUUCUGGAACUUCUCAUUCUCUUUUUGUGCGUGCGUGUGUAGUUGAAAAAAAUAUCUCCCUUCUUAUAUUUCGCACUGCAAUAUUCUCCCUGACAAAAGUUAUGGCUACACCGUCUUGUCGUUUGUAAAACUAUUCUUUUAAGAUGAAAUGCUUUCUUUGGCCAAACACUUAGCACCUACUAUUUAUUUCCCACCCAGAAUAAGUCAUGGUUACACCAAGUCUACUUCGUUCAAUGCUGAUAAUGAAUGAGUCAUGACGUUUAACUGGUACAGCCUUUUUUUUGUUUUGUUUGAACUUGUUAAUGCAUGUUCUGAUUUUCCUUUGUUUUGAGUCUUCCCUCACACCCCCAACAAACAUUUGUGAAAAUAUUGUAUAUUAAUCAUGUUUCCCUCCCCUACUGUACGUUAGCUUGCCAGCUUUUUGGGACAUUGUAUACAAUGUUGUUAGGAUUUUUGUUUAUAGGGAAAACGUUCUAUUCACACGUGUUUGACUUGUAUAUUUUUAUUCAUUAAAUGAAGCAAUGUUGUCUUUUUUACAUAAACAGUUUAUAAAAAAUAA